GGUUCAAUUACUUAUAAAUAAAAAGUCACCGAAACCAUAACCCACAUUACAAACUUCGCAAUAUUGUUGUAAUGAUGCCGAUCAAAGUUCCGAUCCUGCUCGCAGCUUUAGUGUUUCCCCAGGUGCUUUGCUCCAGCUUGGGUCUGGAAAAAGUCUUCAAAACCCCAAAAGAAAUCAACUUUGACGAUCUGGAACUGGUCGAGCGUAAGGGAUUUGAAACCCCCACUGAGAGCACUGAACCCUUGGUGACAACCACGACCCCUAGGGGCAACCACAACGUGGCGAACGCGCAAGUUUUAUUGAGAAUUGGGGGCGAAGAUGCCCCCGGUUAUAAUCAUAUCAUGAAAAUACCGCCGCACCAGUGCAGACAUAUGACCCCCUCGCACCCCCACGACCUCUAUUACCCACCCUUCUCUCACCGAUACCCGCCCACCUGCCAUCCACAGUUCUACCAUCCCUAUCCACCCCCAGUGCCGUUCGCUUUUCCCAAUUACUACUUCUACGAUUACGGAUCCGGAAGCAAUUUGCCGCCGCAGCUGAGCGAAUAUUUCGCCAGACAAUCGAACGUGGUGGUGAAAAAAUUUCCAGGACCGGAGCAGGUUUUUAUCCGGGGCCGGCCAGUGAGGAGGAGAGAGGAGCACGAGGAGGCGACCGGUGGUACAAAAGACCCCGCUGCAGCUGUAAGGGAAGCUAUGGACGCUCCAAAUACGACUACGAUAGUGAGGAAAGUUGUUUUGAUUCAUCCGAGAGGUACCGAGCGAGGAAAUCUGACAAGCGCAGAAGGAAACACGGUAGACGCCAGCAAAAGCGUAAAAAACCUAAAAGAGUUAAAGAGGAAGAGCAAGAAAGUGAGUCAGAAUAACGUCACCGUUGAAGACCAGGAUCUGGACAUGCUGGAGAACAUUUUAGGCCAGGCUUUGGUGACUUACAAGAAAAACCACAGUUGCACUAACACCAGUCAAAGUCUCAACAGAAAUGAGUCCAUGGAGGCGGCAAAUCUUACAAUCGAGUGCCCCCUGGACGAGUCAGCCACCUCCCCACAAGCUUUGGACCAUCAAAACUCUUCAACCAAGAACCCUCUUGGAGACUUAGCCUUAGUAGUGGCCGAAUAUAUAAUUCCAGAUCCACAACCAGCUUUUGCUUCACCAAGGUAUUUAGGGCCAGGAGUGUAUUGUUCCAGGUGUGGCUACCAAAGACCUGGAAUGUAUUGCUCCAAAUGUGGUUACAGACACAGCGGGGGCAGCUAUUGUGACCAAUGUGGCUAUCCAGUGUUGGUGGGAGGGUGUCCAUAUUGCAGAGAGGUGAGUCCCUAUGCUGAUUGGUGAUUGUAAAUAGACCGUUUUUAAAAAAAAAAAA